CUUUCUCUUAUAUUCACCAAAAAUCGAUCUUCCAAAAUCCAAUAACCAAUACAUCAUUAAUAUGGGAAACUGCAUAAGGAAAGGAUCGUCGACGGAAUGGGGCGGCGACGACUGGGCCUCGUUCGGGUCGGGUCACGACAAGGACGAAGCCGGGCUGCCCGCGGCGGAGAGCGUUUUGCCUUGUUCCAUGGAGGUGAAGAUCAAGAUAUCGAAGAAGGAGCUGCAGAAGCUGUUGAACGUGGAAGGGAUGUCGGUGGAGAAGGUGUUGGCGCAGCUCGUCGCCGCCGCAGCCGGAGAGGAGAAUCAGCGGCCGUGGAGGCCGGCUCUUGGCAGUAUACCGGAAUAUGAUGGUGCAUGAAAUUACUAGUAAAUUUGAUUUUGUACAAAAUGUUUGUAUCUAUUGUGUAAAGAUUGUAGUUGUAACUUGUAGGUAGGAAGUUGGGUAGAAGAUGGGUUCUAUUUAUUUUUUUUAUUUUUUUAUUUUUGAAGUUUGGAUUUGUAAAUUUUGUGGGAUAGUGAAAAUUGUUUCGAUUUAUUGUUUCUAACUAAUAUUAAGAACUUUACAUGUAA